AUGCGACCCGCUGACUUAACUCCCGCGAUCGCCGAAAGACUCCUGGGCACGGUGUAUAGUGCGAUAAAGAUCGCGGGUCCUGCAAAAUUCAAAGUGGGCGAUGCGGUACGCGUAAGCAAAUUCAAGACAAUAUUUGAAAAAGGUUUCACACCGAAUUGGACCACGGAGGUAUUUAACAUUACUAUCAAAGUGCAGCAAACUAAUCCAGUGACGUAUCUACUGGAGGAUUCCCGCGGAGAGCUCAUAGCUGGAGGAUUCUACGUAUACGAACUGCAUCGAGUCGCUAAUCCCGAUGUAUACCUUGUUGAAAAAGUGUUGCGUAAAAGAGGAAACGAGGUUUAUGUGAAAUGA